AGUUGGCUUUCAGAGUAGUUCAAAGGGACCGUUAAAUGGAGGAUCGCGUCGUCGUCGUCGUUGUGACCCGCCUACUGGAUGAAGGAUACAAACAAAUCUGUUUAUGACAAACGACGAGUGCUGCGGCGACGAGUGGAGGAUGUGCGGUUAUCAAUCCGCCUGCUAGAUCGAUUACAUUCCAAUUGCAUUCGUUUCAGUAGCAGCAGUAGCGUCAGCAAGAGGUGGUGAGCUUGUGGUGACGAUGGUCGAAAUGUACACGUACAUAUGGUUGUUCGUCUCGUAUUAUGUGAGACCUAUAUACAAGUGGUUCCUUCGGAAGACGACAGGUCUGUGCGAGCUGCAGAGGAUCUGCUACGGAGCGGUGAGUGGGGCACCGAGGGUGAGAGCGGUCGAGAAAUCACUGGGGGCGUCCAGGUCCCCGCAGAUUGCACAGCUGAUCGCCCAUCUGAACAACGUGAGCGACAAUCACCGAUUCGUCGGCCAGAAUGGAAGGGAGAUAGUGAGCGGCGCCGUGAGCACGGUGCUUCUGGUGAAGAGGAUCAAUCCGAGGGUGCACUUUCAGUUCGUGAAGAGCUUCGGACACUGCAUCCAGCAGAUCUGGGGCUACAGGCAACUGCUCGCCGACGUCGAGAGCCUGAGGACAACGACGUACGACCCUGACAACGUGGAGCACGAGCGCAAGCUGAUGCUGCUGUGGGAGGCGCUCCGACCGGACGAGAUGCUCGCCAGCAGGAUCACGAAGCAGUGGCAAGACAUCGGAUUCCAAGGCGAUGACCCGAAGACGGACUUCAGGGGUAUGGGGCUUCUCGGAUUGGAAAACCUGCUGUUCUUUGCGAGCGAAUACGGCAACGGACCAGCGAGUCACGUCCUCUCGCACAGUCUGCACCCGGUGCACGGUUACGCCUUCGCCAUCGUCGGCAUCAAUCUGACUAGUAUGGCUUGGCAACUGCUGAGGGACGGUCACGCAAAGACUUACGUUUACAAUACGUGCAAAGCGGUGCCGAGCGUUCGCGUUUUCCAUCAGUUCUACUGCUACCUCUUCUAUGAAUUCGAUCGUCAUUGGUUGGCGUGCAGACCGAAGAGUAUGAUGGAAUUCUCGGACAUAAAGACGAAGUUUGAGAGCAACGUCAAGGCCAGUCUGCAGGACCCCAAUAAUGUCUUCAGCAUCAGACUGGCCGAUACGGUCUAACACUUCUUUACUUAAUCAAUUUGCAAUAAAGUGGCUUAAUUUAUUACCAAUUU